AUGAACCCAGAAGAAGAGAUUCUAAAAGCAAAGCGCGCGCUUCUCAAGUCGGCUGAUUCGGAAAAUAUUCAGGAUAUUUUAGAUAUCAUGAGUCGCUUGAUGAAGAUCAAGGCAACACAGGAAUUAUUGAGGAAAACAGACAUUGGAAAGACUAUGGGAAAACUUCGUACAAAUCCAAAUUCGGCUGUGUCACAAAAGGCAAAGGAUGUAGUCAAGAAGUGGAAAGAAGAUGUAAUGGCAAAUACAAGGGCCCGUGCUAGUAAGCCCAAUCCUGUUAGCACGGAUAGAUCAGAAGCCCCUCCUGAACCAUCGUCCAAUACCAAGACUUCUGCGUCAGCCACUUCUUCACCAAAAACUCCCAGCUCAGAAGCUGGUCCACCUCGAACAGUGAAGACAGACGAGGUUGUAUUCUCAACAACCGGAAAUACACCGCGCGAUAAAACAAUUGAACUCAUGUACUCUGCGGUAGCAUUGGGAAGUUAUGCAGACUCGGAUCUAUUGUUGAAAAGAGCACUAGCUAUAGAAAAGGCUGUCUUCUCAGAAUUCCAGAUGAUAAAUGAUGGUUACAAGGCCAAAGUACGAUCUUUAGCGCUUAAUUUGAAGAGUAAAAUCAACCCUUCAUUGAGAGAGAGCGUGGUGAGUGGAGAAUUGGCUGUAAAGUCCCUGUGUACGAUGAGCGUAGAGGAUAUGGCUUCAGAGGAUGCCAAGGCUCGGGAUCGUAAGCUUGCGGAAGAAGCCCUUUUCAAGGCUAGAGGCGCUGGAUCGGCUCAAGCGGAGACAGACAUGUUCAUGUGUGGCAAAUGCAAAGGCAGGAAAUGUACAUACUUUCAAAUGCAAACUCGCAGUGCGGAUGAGCCAAUGACAACAUUUGUUACCUGUGUUUUGUGUGGUAACCGCUGGAAGUUUUGUUAA